AUGGCUUGGCUUGGUGGGUUAGAAUUUGCAAUUGCGAGAUGCAAUGAUCAAAACUUCACUAGCUUAGAAGUGAACUAUGCCAUUACAUGGGGCAGAAGCCAUGUCUCCUUCCAGGAUCAAGGAAGACAGAUUCAACUUUCUAUGGAUAAAUCCUCUGGUUCUGGAUUCGGUUCCAAGUUGAACUACAGCUCGGGGUUCUUCGAUCUGAUGAUGAAGCUGCCAAACAAAGACUCUGCUGGAAUUGUCACUGCAUUUUAUUUAUCGUCUCACACGAGUGACCAUACCGAGCUGGACUUCGAGUUCUUGGGCAACAGAGAAGGGAAGCCUAUCACUCUCCAAACUAAUGUCUUCAUUAACAGCCAUGGAGAAAGGGAGCAAAGGCUCUUCUUGUGGUUUGACCCCACCGCCAAUUUCCAUCACUACCAAAUACUUUGGAACUCCUACCAAACUGUGUUUUAUGUCGAUGAUGUCCCUGUUCGAGUUUUUCAAAACCUGUCUUUUGCGGGAGUUGAGUAUCUGACUCAGCCAAUGAGAAUAGAGGCUAGCAUUUGGAAUGGUGAGGAUUGGGCAACAGAUGGAGGCGAAGAGAAAAUUAACUGGGACUAUGCUCCAUUUCUGGCUCAGUUCCAAGGAUUUGAUGUGGAGGGUUGCGAUUCGGAUGGCGGUUUGGAUUGCUCAUCUGGCGAGCUGUGGUGGAAUGUGGAGAGGUACAGAGAGCUGAGUUCUGAUGAGAAGGAAGCUUAUGAGAAGGUGAAGAGGAGUUACUUGUACUACGAUUACUGCAAAGACGUGGCCAGGUUUCCUCAUCACCUACCUCCUGAAUGCAAACUAAUGCAGUAAAGAGAAAGAGAAGCAAAAUAUCGCACGAGAUAGUCGUGCAUUAGCUUUUAAGAUGAGACAAUAAGAAACACAACUAUAGAAUUCUUUGUCCCACUGCCUUUACUUUUGUUUGUCGUCAUAGUUGUUGUUUGGUCGAAAGGAGAGUCUACAUGAGUCAUUGUAAUUGAGAAAUGAUCCCCCUUCUCAGAAGCUCCAAACCUCUUCCUAGCCCUUGGAGCUCAGUCAGAAUCGAACAUUGCACUUCCUUUUCUGAUCAUCCAGCAGUG